AUGUCGGAGGAAAGCCAUGUAACUCCACUAGCACCACCACAAAUUUACCGAAAAAGUGAUGAGGAAUGGGGGGCUACCACAAAACCAAAAGUCAUUCAUCACAAGCACAGAAGAAGCAGCAAAUGUUUCGUCUACCUCUUACUGUUUCUCGUCCUACUAAGCAUAGCUUCUUUAGCCUUCGGAUUAGUAGUUCUGCGAAUCAACGCCCCUAAGCUUAAGCUGGAGCUGGUGGAGAUAAAGAAUCUCAAGUACACAGCUCCAGAUUUUGCUUCACUGAACAUGACUAUGGUUGCACAAGUGAAGAUUUAUAAUCAGAACUUCGGUGGAUUCACGUUCCACGACGGCAGCACAAGCGUGGUGUAUGGGAACACCACUCUCGGGAUGACGUAUUAUAAAAGCGGGCUUGUUAGGGGCAGAAACUCCGAGAGAAUGAAUGUUAGUGUACAGGUAAAAGCCAAUAAUGGCUUAGCUGAGAACAAGAAUUUUAGCAGUGAUAUGGGCUCGGGGUUGGUGAAAUUGAGCAGCUAUGCUAAUCUUAGGGGUGAAAUUCGUGUGUUGAAGCAUUUUACUAGGCGUAGAACUUCAUUCAUGAACUGUACCAUGAGUCUUAACUUGACGAGCCCAGCAGUCCAGGAUCUGAGAUGCAUGUAA